CGCCAAUUAGUCGAGAAAUUUUUUGCCACUCCCAUCAAAACUUUCCAAUCUGACUGGGGCGGGGAGUAUCAGGCGCUAUCCUCCUACCUCCGCACUCAUGGUAUUACUCAUCGCUCCUCUUGUCCCCACACACCUGAACAAAAUGGUUGCGCUGAGCGCAAACAUCGUCAUAUUGUCAAUAACGGUCUGGCGCUUCUUCAUCACUCUCACGUUCCUCAAAAAUAUUGGCCUUUGGCCUUUGACACCGCUUGUUAUCUUAUCAAUCGUACGCCCACUUCCCUUCUUCACAAUGACACUCCCUUUCAUGUUCUAUUUAAGCGCCAGCCCGACAUUAACUCUCUUCGUGUCUUUGGCUGUUUAUGUUAUCCAUGGCUUCGUCCUUAUACUUCCUCCAAGCUUGACCCACGAUCUCUUCCCUGUGUCUUUCUGGGAUAUAGCAAACUCCACAAGGGUUACCGUUGCCUACACAUUGCUACUGGUCGUAUUUAUAUCAGCCGUCAUGUUUUAUUUGAUGAAUCAAGGUUUCCAUUUUCAGAGCUACCCUCUGCCUCAACCCCUAUACCCUCGCCUACCUCCUCUUUACCCAUACCCAUCAACCUGCCCCUCCCUCCACCGAAUAUCACUAGCCCUUUCCUUCCCCCACCUAAUGACCCGGCCCAUCCCUCCCCUCCAAUUGUUACUAACCCAGCCUCCUAACCAUCCUCAGCCCACCAAUCCUCUCCGGCCCAUUCACCACAUCCGGCCCACCAACUCAAUUUAGCCCAUUCCCCUCACCCUAGCCCACCAAGCCCAGCCCCUGCUGUCGAAUCUUCUCCCCAAACCCAGCAGUCACCGCCUGCUUCAUCCCUUCCUUCUUCUCAUUCUCGGUCGACCCCCCUCCCACCUCGACGUCCCCUUCCCUCUCAUCCACCAUUCACAACAUCCCCUCGCCCAAUUCCCAUCACCAAUCCUACUUCCUCUUCUCAUCCAAUGGUUACCCGCAUCAAAACAGGUAAUCUCAAACCUAAACCUCGCACAUAUAUUUCCCAUCUCCCAAUUGAUGACACACCUUCUACCGUUGCCCAAGCCCUCAAAAAUCCCCUCUGGCGCUCGGCUAUGGCUGAUGAGGUCACUGCGCAGCUUCGCAAUCAUACUUGGGACCUGGUUCCCCCACCUCUGGGCUGUAACAUCCUCACCAACAAGUGGGUCUAUCGUACCAAAGUUCAUCCUGAUGGUACGCUUGAUCGGCGACGGGCCAGGCUGGUUGCUCGUGGCUUUCAACAGGUUCCAGGACUGGAUUUUGGCCAGACUUACAGCCUGGUUCUCAAACCCGCCACCUUACGUCUCAUACUCGGCAUUGCCGUCUCUCAAGCGUGGCCUCUACACCAGAUUGACAUUGCUAAUGCUUUUUUACAUGGUGAGUUACAGGAAACAGUCUAUAUGCAGCAGCCUCCCGGUUUUGUUGACCCGGACAAACCAAAUCAUGUAUGUCGACUCCGCAAAUCAAUCUACGGUCUUCGGCAGGCACCCCGGACGUGGUUUCACUGUCUUGCUGCUGCUCUCACGCGUUUUGGCUUCUCGGUUUCCCGCACCGACCCCUCACUAUUUAUCUACAAGUCUGGGACAGUUCGCCUAUAUAUGCUCGUCUAUGUUGACGAUAUAGUAAUCACGGGGAAUGAUUCAGCUCUAAUUCGGCGGCUAAUGGAGUUUCUUCAUGCCAAUUUUGCACUUCGCGAACUCGGACCACUUUCUUACUUCCUCGGCAUUGAAGUUCAUCGAUCUUCCACAGGUAUAAUCCUCAGCCAACGCAAGUUCAUUCUGGACCUUCUAGAGCGCGCCAAAAUGUCCCAGGCAAAUCCUAUUUCCACUCCUGCUACAGUGGAUCUUCUCCAACAAUCAGCAGCGGCUACCUCACCUCGGUUUUCUGAUCCGGCUUUGUACCGCAGUAUCGUUGGCGGCCUACAGUAUCUCAGUUUCACCAGGCCAGAUCUCUCUUUCGCGGUUAAUCUAGUCUCUCAAUUUCAGCAGGAUCCCACUGAUGCACAUUGGGCAGCAGUAAAGCGCAUUUUACGAUAUCUCAAAGGCACUAUCCAUCGAGGUCUGGUAUUCUCUAAAUCCUCCACUCUGCACAUUCAUGGAUACUCUGAUGCGUCCUGGGCUUCUUGUCCCAAGGACAGGAAAUCUAUCACCGGCUUUGCCGUGUUCUGUGGUUCCAAUUUGGUAUCCUGGUCAACCCGCAAACAGAAAUCAGUAGCCCGCUCCUCUACAGAAUGUGAGUAUCGUGCUCUAGCUACCCUUGCUUCUGAAGUCCUCUGGCUACGGUCUCUUCUCCACGAACUCGGCCAGUCCAUUCCAUCUGCUCCUGCUCUGUGGUGCGACAAUCUAUGCGCGACUUUUCUUGCCCAUAACCCGGUGUUCCACAACCGUUCCAAGCAUAUGGAAAUCGAAUUCCAUUUUGUCCGUGAUCAAGUCAGCAAAGGCCAUCUUCAUGUUCACUACUUACCUGCUGCAGAUCAGCAUGCUGACGUGCUUACCAAACCCCUGCCUCGCAUCUCUUUCACUCGGUUCUGCUCCAAGUUUCGCCUCACGGAGCCUCAACUUGCGGGGGCGUGAUGACGUGUAACAUAUCCCACAUAUUUCUCUUCUACUGUUAGUAGUUGUUGCAGCUGUUAGUAGGUUGUUGCAGCUCCUGUUUCCACUCUUUUCAGUUCCAUGUAAUCAGCUGCACGUUCUGUUCUCAUGUACUUUAAAUACACACAAUCAAUAAGAGAACUUCAAGCCUUCGAGCUCAUUCACACACUAAUGGGCUGGUAGUAUGGGUGUCCGAAAUGUCUAAAUGAAUAUUAACUGAUAAUCCGUGGGUACUUAUUGUAAAACUUACUGAUCGCAAGUAUCAUCUCGUAAAAAAUUAUGGGUAUUUGGGUACCCGUAACCACAAAAAAUGGGAGGGUAUGGCCAUAUGGGUAUACCCAAAUACCGUUUCCCGUUGUUCACCCCUAGAAAUUUCUCAUUUUCUCAAAUAUGUUAUUUGGUCAAAAUCCGAUGAAUUAAAGAUUUGAACGAAAU